AUGGGUAAAAGUUUGAGCACGGUAUGGAUAAUGAUGAUGAUACUAACAAUUAUUGUUAUUGAAGGUGAGGCAAAAUCGGAGGCUGAAUGCAGUGUGAUUUGUCGUCCUCAUUGCAAAGCUUUUGCAUCAGCAGGAGAGUGUUCUGACUGUCAUAAAAAGUGUAAUCAAUUUCCACCAUCUAUAAUGACAAAGAUUCUAAAGAAACAAAACAACAAAAAACAAGAUGACUUAGUUAAUUAA